GAACGGACCAAUCAGGUGGCUUCAUGGCAGGAAUUUAAAGGUCUGUGCGGCGCUUUCUGUGUACCAGAACCUUUAGCGCGAGGACGAGGAUUAACUCCACGAAACUCAAUUCUUCUCUGCUGCUACGCCUCCUCGUCACUUGACCAAACAUGUCCGAGAACGUCGAGCGACUGAACAAGUUCAAGAACAAAGGCAAAGAUGCCAAUGAACUCCGACGCAGGAGGGUGGAGGUGAACGUGGAGCUGCGCAAGACUAAGAAAGAUGACCAGAUGUUCAAAAGAAGAAAUGUGUCUGCUUGUCCGGACGAGGCGACCUCUCCCCUCCAGGAAAGGACUCAGAACUGCGUGCCCGCCAGACAGUGGACCGUUGAAGAGAUUCUCUCGGGAGUGAGCAGCGGCGAUGUUGAGUCGCAGCUCCAGGCUACACAGGCCGCCAGGAAGCUCCUGUCUCGUGACAAGAACCCCCCCAUUAACCAGAUGAUCAGCGCUGGCCUGAUCCCCAAGUUUGUGGCCUUCCUGGGGUUGGUUGACUGUCCUCCCAUCCAGUUCGAGGCCUCGUGGGCUCUGACCAACAUUGCCUCUGGGACAUGUGAUCAGACUGCUGCGGUUGUCGAAAGUGGGGCCAUCCCUGCCUUCAUCGGCCUGGUCACGUCGCCCCACCAGCACAUUAGCGAGCAAGCGGUGUGGGCCCUUGGGAACAUUGCUGGUGAUGGAUCGGCUCUUAGAGACAAGGUCAUUAAACAUGGUGCUGUGGCCUCUCUGCUCAGUCUGCUGGCUGUCCCUGACCUGUCGGUAUUUACUACUGGCUACAUGAGAAAUGUCACAUGGACACUGUCUAACCUCUGCCGCAACAAGAACCCCUCCCCCCCUAUGACGGCAGUCCAACAGAUCCUCCCCGCUCUAGUUCAUCUACUAAACCAUCAAGACCAGGAGGUGUUGGCUGAUGCGUGUUGGGCUAUCUCGUACCUGACCGACGGCUCAAACGACCGCAUCGAGGUGAUGAUCCAGACGGGCCUAAUUCCUCGCCUGGUGACUCUGCUCGGCUUUGAAGAGCUGCCCGUCAUUACCCCAGCGCUGCGUGCCAUCGGCAACAUCGUGACCGGCACAGAUGAGCAGACUCAGGCGGUGCUAGAUUCUGGGGCCCUGACAAUGUUCUCCCGGCUGCUGUGCCACAAAAAGGCUAACAUUCAGAAGGAGGCCGCCUGGACGUUGUCCAACAUCACAGCAGGGAAGGACACACAAAUCCAGGAGGUCAUUGACGCAGGACUCGUUCCGUCCCUGGUCAAUACUCUUGUGCAGGGUGACUACAAAACUCAGAAGGAGGCUGUAUGGGCUGUUACAAACUUCACCAGUGGGGGCACUGUUGCACAGGUGGUUUACCUUGUACAAGCUAAUGUGCUUGAGCCUCUUCUGGACCUACUCUCCUCAAAGGACAGCAAAAUAGUCCUCGUCAUCUUGGAUGCCAUUACCAAUAUCUUCAUGGCCGGGGAUAAAAUUGGGGAGUCAGAAAAGCUGAGUCUAAUGGUGGAGGAAUGCGGCGGACUGGACAAGAUUGAGGCUCUGCAGUCGCAUGAGAAUGAGAUGAUCUACAAAGCAUCUCUCAAUCUGAUUGAGAAAUACUUCUCUGACGAGGAGGAGGUGGUGCAGAGUGUCGUCCCAGAAGCAACUGAUGACGGUUAUGCGUUCCAUAUCAGUGAAAACCAGAGCACCUUCAAUUUCUAGAUUACCUUCUAAUACCUCUACUCUAUACUUUACUGUAUCCUCGUUUCUCCUGUUUGUCCUUUUGUUCAUGUAAUUGUGGCGUUUCUUUGUAUGUAUUGUACAUACUGUUUUAAUAUGAUAAAAAAAACAUGGUUGUAAAUAAAGUUAUCAGAUCAUG